AUGUACCAAAAUGCCUCAAGACUUCAGAAGUUUCAGAAGAGACAACCUCAGCAGGCAAAAUGCCAUUUUAAUCAAAGCAGUCAGAAACCCCAAGUGCUUCCCUGUAUUUCCAAAAGCUUUGUUGGCUUAGAAAAAAACAUCACUCCUCCAUCUGUUAGACAAGCACAGUCUACCAUGGACUUCAUGGAUCUAAAAUACAGUGACAUGUUUAAGGAAAUACACUCCAGUGAUAAAGGCCCUGGUAUUUAUGAAAUGUUUGGGACUCCAGUAUACUCUCGUGAGCCGACAGGACAUGAGAACUGGUGUUGCAGGAAUGUGCAUUCUGCUCCAGCUAGGAGACUCAGCAUUAAAAAGCAUAAAUCUAAUCAUCUCAGCAAGAAAAUCAGCAGAGCAAGAAAUACCCAGAGGAAAACACAUCCCAAACCACACACAAAUCCUCGUGGCAUUAAAUGGAAGCAUAAGGAUUUGAUGUCAAGAGAGGCCUUUGAGUUGGGGGAUAGUAGCCAAGAACAGAGUGAAGGCAUAAUCGCUUCUAACUCAGAUGGGCAAACAAACAUUUCAAGGAAUUCUUCACCAUUUUAUGACAGUGAUGCUCAGCAGCUUCCAGUUUCCACAAAGUUCACACAAUCUGCUAAACCAGAUGAAGUCAUUCCUAAUACAUGCUUAGCAGCUGUCGAAGACGUCUCACUAGAACACUCUCCAGGUGUUGGCGAUAACGGUAUUCAUGAAGUAUUUGUCACCAGCAUCCGGGAAUUACUUUGGCCACAAGUUAAAGAUCAUGCAAAGUAUGCUCCUUUUUUAAGCAGUGCAAGAGAAACAAAUGAAAACACAAGUCUAAAUAACAGCAAAUUCGUAAAUCACGGGAGAACUGAAGCCCUCGGUUGCCUUGUGGACCAGGAAGCGAUUCAGGAUUUGUGUAGUGGUGAUAAUCAAGCCUCUACAUUUUCUUCGCCGGAGAGAGUAGUAAGCUCACCUGAACAAAAUCUCCAGCAGGGAAAUGUUAACUUAACAGAUGCAUCAACGAAGUGGAUUUACCAUUCUACAAGCCCAUUUCCCCAGACAUAUCAAAAUAUCCUGAGCUGUACAAACAAUGAACAAAUAACGGAGGACUUAUUUUGUUGCUUAGCGGCUGAAUUGCUCUCUCUUGAUGGUGCAGAUGCCAGUGGUUCUAGAGUAGUUAUGAAGAAUGAAAAUGGUGAAGCACAAAAGGGACGCACUGGGAAUAAAGAAGACACUGCAACAAAUGAUGUAAAUAGUAAGAAUUGCUGUCCAACUGUCCUGGAGUCCAACAGGGAAAACAGAUUCUUCAGUGAAGUAAUAUUUUCAGAAAACAGCUUAACUAAUGAAGAUUCUGUCAUGUGGACCAAAGGUGAAAUCCUUGGAAAAGGCGCCUGUGGCACAGUGUACUGUGGACUUACAAGCCAAGGGCAAUUAAUAGCAGUGAAACAAGUAGCACUGGGCACCUGUGAUCAAGUUGAGACUGAAAAAGAAUACCAGAAAUUGCAAGAAGAAGUUGAGAUUUUGAAAACCCUCAAACACAUCAACAUUGUGGGGUACCUGGGGACAUGUUUAAAAGAUAACGUUGUGAGCAUCUUCAUGGAAUUUGUUCCUGGGGGCUCCAUUUCAAGUAUUAUUCACCGUUUUGGGCCAUUGCCUGAAAUAGUCUUUUGUAAAUAUACAAGACAAAUUCUGCAUGGAGUUGCAUACCUGCAUGAAAACCAUGUGGUGCACAGGGAUAUUAAAGGCAACAAUAUCAUGCUUAUGCCAAAUGGUGUGAUCAAGCUCAUAGACUUUGGAGGCGCAAAACGUUUGGCAUGUGUAAGUCUGACUGACGCACACAGUGAACCACUCAAGUCUGUCCAUGGCACUCCUUACUGGAUGGCACCGGAAGUAAUAAACGAAACUGGCUAUGGAAGAAAAUCAGAUAUCUGGAGCAUUGGCUGCACUGUAUUUGAGAUGGCCACAGGAAAACCACCACUGGCAUCCAUGGAUAGAAUAGCAGCCAUGUUUUAUAUUGGGGCCCAUAGAGGACUGAUGCCUUCAGUACCCAGUCAUUGCUCAAGAAAAGCAGCUGAUUUUGUCCAUGUGUGCUUAACUAGGGACCAGCAUGAGAGGCCUACUGCCCUACAGCUGCUACAGCAUCCGUUUGUUACAGGAAACCCAUGA